AAAUAAUGGAAGACGAGAAAAUUACAAUCUGCUUCGAUGCCUCGAAAUCUGAAGGGCUCAACCCAAAGAAAGGUUACACUGAGUUCUUCAAAAAGAUGAAGCAUGAAUAUAAGUGCUCACUCAACAAAGAAGAAAUUGAUAUUUCAAAUCUUGACGGUAUCAAAGUCAUUAUCCUCGGUAUGCCCAGACAGAUGUUCAAUGCCAAAGAACUCGACCACCUCAAGCAAUUCGUGCAGUCUGGUAGAAGUCUCUUCGUCUGCCUCGGAGAAGGCGGAGAGCAGAAAGCCAACACCAAUAUCAACUAUUUGCUAGAACAAUUUAAAAUUUCUGUGAACAGCGACUGUGUGGUCAGGACCUCGUUUUACAAGUACCUGCAUCCGAAGGAGGCCUACAUCUCGAACGGGUGUUCGUCUAAUGACUUCGUGAGGGUGUGCAAGGGACUUCAGGUCAGAGCCGACAUGGGCGGUGGCGGAGGCAAAUACUCGAAAAAGUACACCACAUUAGAAGAUGAAGGAGCAGGCCCAGAUACAAAAAGCGGACUAGAAUACGUUUAUUCUUAUGGUUCUACUAUUAACACAAUCCAUCCAGCCUUCCCAAUGCUUGAUAGUGGAUCGGUAAGUUACCCAACAGAAAGGCCUGUUAUCGCAGGUUACGUAGACAGGCAAAGAGGAGGAAAAGUUGUUGUAUGAGGAUCAUUAAAAAUGUUCGAUGAUGAGUUCCUGAAGAACGAAGACAAUUCAAAGAUUCUGAAUGGUAUAAUGAGGUUCCUCGGGAAUAAUGAUAUCCAACUGACCGAUGUUGGAAGGAAAGAGGAUAAUGAUACAGUAGAAUAUAAUAGAGUUCCAGACACUGCAGCAUUGUCUGGCAAGGUAAGGUCAUGAUUACAAGAGAGUGAAGAGCUACCAAAGGACUUCACUCUUCUGUUCAAUCAAGAUCUCUUCGCUUUUGAUACAAAUCUUGUCCCUGAAUCUAUUGAGUUGUUCAAGCAAAUGGAUGUAACGCACGAGCCUCUAACGCUGAUACCUCCUACUUUUGAGACUCCAAUGCCAUCGCUUGAACCUGCAGUUUUUCCGCCUUCACUGAAAGAACUAGAACCCCCUAACCUGGAGUUGUUCGACUUGGAUGAUCAUUUCGCUAAUCAGAAAAUUAAGUUAGCACAACUGACGAACAAAUAUACAAACAUUGAUUACUAUAUUGGCCAAUGUGGAGAGGUACUUGGAUUAUCGUCACAAGUGCAAGAUAUGGAUAACCCGAAGGCAAUUCUGCACCAUGUGUUCACGGAACUCGUAAAGUUCAAGAACAAUUCAUAUGCAUAAUCCCAAUCUCAAUAAAAUACAAA